AUGAAGCAACGUGGCUUCCCGACGGCGCUCGUACUUUCGGCUCUCUUUAUCUUUCUGGUGAUGCCAGAGCUUAUCCCGGUCUGUGAGGGCUUGUGGCUCAACGUACCUCCGACCGGAACGAAGUGCGUUUCAGAGGAAAUCCAGAGCAACGUUGUCGUCUUGGCCGAUUACCUCGUCAUCUCCGACGAACAUUCCGUCUUCCCUACUGUCUCCGUCAAGGUUACAUCACCAUAUAGCAACGUUUUGCACCACGUGGAAAAUACAACGCAUGGUCAGUUUGCAUUUACAACACAAGAAUCAGGAACCUACUUAGCGUGUUUUAACGCUGAAGGACACAGUCAUGGUAACAAAGAUAUUAGCAUCAACCUCGACUGGAAAACUGGAAUUGCAACCAAGGAUUGGGACUCCAUUGCUAAAAAAGAGAAGAUUGAGGGUGUGGAGCUGGAGCUAAAGAAACUCGAAGGUAAUGUUCAGGCCAUCCAUGAAAAUCUACUUAACCUCAGAAGCAGAGAAGCAGAGAUGAGGAUUGUAAACGAAAAAACAAACUCUCGAGUCGCAUGGUACAGUAUAAUGUCGCUAGGCAUAUGCAUUGUGGUCUCUGGUUUACAGAUUUUGUACUUGAAGCAGUACUUUGAAAGGAAGAAGCUUAUUUAG